AUGGCAGCUCGGUCCGGUCAGAGGGCGCUGGCCAGGGUGGCUUCAGGGUGCCGUCCGAAGUCGACUACCGUGGGAAGCAACGUCAGACACUUAGCUUCCGGUGGUAUACUGAUGAACAGAGCGCUUCCACUGCAUGCCUCAGUUGUGCCUAAAGAGAUCUACGUAAGAACUUUCUUCAAGAUCACUGCGCCACUAGUAAAUAAACGGAAAGAGUAUUCAGAGAGAAGGAUUAUCGGAUACUCAAUGCAAGAAAUGUAUGACGUGGUAGCAGGAAUGGAGGAUUAUAAGCAUUUCGUUCCGUGGUGUAAAAAAUCAGACAUACUAUCUAGGAGAGCUGGCUAUUGUAAAACUCGAUUAGAAAUUGGGUUUCCACCUGUUCUGGAGCGAUACACAUCAAUCGUAACCUUGGUCAAACCACACUUAGUAAAGGCGUCUUGUACCGAUGGGAAACUUUUCAAUCAUUUGGAGACGAUUUGGCGUUUUAGCCCAGGUCUUCCUGGCUAUCCGAGAACUUGUACCUUGGAUUUUUCAAUUUCUUUUGAGUUCCGCUCACUUCUGCAUUCCCAGCUCACUGCAUUGUUCUUCGAUGAAGUGGUGAAACAAAUGGUAACUGCCUUUGAAAGAAGAGCGUGUAGAUUGUACGGUCCAGAGACAAGUAUACCUCGGGAGCUGAUGCGUCAUGAAAUCCACCAUACCUAAAAUGAAAUAAGAACCGGCACCACCUCCUUUUGACCCGUUUGUUCGCUUUAGGAAGUCCCUUUAUCGUCUGUUCAAAGUCAGAAAGCAUUUGUUAAGCCUGCCUGGAUCUU